CGAUAUCACGAACCCGAUACCCUCCUACAACCCGUCAACUUGUUUCAAUCUGCUAGUUCAGAUUAACUAACUUGACCACACACACACAAUCUAGAAGCCAACGGGAAUUCCUACCAUGGACGCUUCAUACCUUCAAGCUCAAGCCAUGGCGCAAUCGCCGUUCUUCUACUACAACCCGGAUCCCAAGCCCGACACUCGUCACCAUGGCCAUUUCUCGCAGCAGCCCAACAAUAUGCAGGUCCCAAUGUACCAACAGCAAGUGCAGCCGAUGCCUUCCACACCCAUCUACUCGCGGCCAAACUCGUCGGGCUCCCAGAUGCCAAUGCAGCCCAUGAUGUUCAACUCGGGAUUCCCAGCCAACAUGACACCCAUGGUCUCGCCGCGUCCCAUGUACCAGAAGCCGGCCAUCUUGAUCCAGGGGCACUCGCCUAGGUUGAUGAUCGAGCCCGAUAUGCACGAGGGCGACAUGUAUUAUUAUCCCUCGACUCCGCCCUUGUCGACGUCGGGAAGUGCCAUCAGCAGCCCUUCUAGCUCCGAAAUGGUGCCAACGCCAUUGAACACCAUGUUCUACGGACUCGAAGGAUUUGAAGGAGUGAAAGAGGGAUGCGAGGGUGAGGUCCAAUCAGAGAACCUCGCUGGCGGCGAUUGGGCUCGAUGUGGAUCUCCACCCAUGACACCAGUCUUCAUCCACCCACCUUCGCUUAUGAGCAACAGCACUAGCGAGCUGCUUCCCGCAACUUCUUGUCCCUCGCUUUCCCCAUCCCCUUCCCCUUACCCUCGAUCAGAACAAGACUUCGACUUCUGCGACCCGCGAAAUCUCACGGUUGGUACUGGUCAAUCUGCACCCGCGCCAAACCCAACCUUGAAGCCAGCCGUAGAAUUUCCUGCUCUGCCCACACUUUGCGCAGGCGACGACGAGGAACACCGGUUCAUGCUAGGGGGUGAGACCUUCACGAAAGCUCCCGAGACAAAUACACUUGCGACCAGCUUCGACUUCACGCCCACCGCCCCGCACGACAGUCUGCCAACAUUCGAUCACUUCUCUGACCUCGACUCGGAAGACGAAUUCGUCAACGGGCUAGUCAAUUUCCCACCCACCGAGAACGUCCAAUUUUUCGGAAACAAGAGACAACGCACUGGAUCCGAUCCGGUCACUGUCGACCACGAGACCUACAUCAGCGAGGACGACUUUGAGGUCGAAGACUUUGAGGAAUCUGAACAAUUUGCUGUCGCCUGCCCCCCCAGUCCACCGGCGUCGGGCUCAGAGGCCGAGAACAAGAAGACAAAGCGUAGCAAGAAGUCAAAGAAGUCCCACUGCGAGGAAGACAGCUCUGAAUUUGACGAUCUCGUCCGGUCCCGCAAGUACACCGUUCCAAUGAACGCUGCCGCUGGGUCACCAGCUCAAGAGAGCACCAACCAACAUACCUCCACUGCGCCAAGUCAAUCUGGCUCGUCUGAGACCAACACUGCCAACGUGAUGGGAACUGGCUCCGAGGCUGGGGCCACCCCCUCUCACCAGGCACCUGUCAACCGCCGCGGCCGAAAACAAUCCCUCACAGAGGACCCCUCAAAGACCUUUGUCUGCGAGCUGUGCAAUCGUCGAUUCAGACGCCAAGAACACCUCAAGAGACACUACCGUUCCCUCCACACCCAAGAUAAGCCUUUCGAGUGUCACGAGUGCGGCAAGAAGUUCUCACGCAGUGACAACCUGUCUCAACAUGCUCGAACCCACGGCAGUGGUGCUAUUGUCAUGGGAGUCUUGGAAGACGGUGAACUACCAGCCGACCACAUGGAAUCGGCGAGUGAUGGGGAACACAUCCAUGCUCUGGGCAGCGUUCUCUACAACGUCGCAGCCGCAGCAUCUGGCAGCGAGACCGAGGUUUCUUCAGAUGGCGGGAGCAGUGAUGGCGAUAGCCAGUCCCGCAAGAAGCGCAAACGCUCUGAAUGAAUGAAUUUUUCUGCAUAGGCCGUUCGAUACUUUCUAUCACGCCAGUCACGAGACCCACGAAAUCGAAACGCCAUUUCACUUCAUCUUCAUACUGGGUUCCUCCUCCCUACCUCCCCCUACUGGGAUGGUUCAUUGGGAGGGACCCAGACCUUGAUUAUGCUGAUGCUGUCAUGAUGGAUUG